AUGCUUCCUGGGCUCGUACUCGAGUUUUUUGAAGGAAAAAAUGUCAUGGAGUACACAAAGCGCGAAAGUUCUGAGGAAACGAAGCUACGACUGGUUGGGGAAAUUGCUCUGGGUUUGAAAUACUUGCAUCAACAAUGGCCACCUAUCAUUCAUGGUGACUUGCGAGGGGCAAAUGUACUCGUUGAUAGCGCAGGACACGCUGUUGUUGCUGACUACGGCCUAGCGUUAAUCAUUGACUCAUCUGAGUUCACUUCCAUCAAAACCGCGGGAACUUGUCGAUGGACUGCCCCGGAAAUUAUGAAUCCGCCAAACAAUGAAGACGUCCCGUUGCCUCAAUUUACCAUUAAGAGUGAUAUAUUUUCUUAUGCUAUGACAGUCUUUGAGACAUUUGCUGGGGAGCAACCAUUUAACGAGAAGAAAAGCGAUGCCAACGUCAUUUUUGCGAUCUUGAACGGGAGUCGCCCAGUGCUUCCGGAGUCUAUUGAAAGCAGGGCCAAUCUCGCGAAUCUUGUUAGACAGAGCUGGAGUCAAAACGCCGAUCAAAGACCAACCGCUCGUCAGAUCUGCCGCAGAUUGGGAUUGACAACCUGGUACGGGGACUGGAUGGACACUCCGUGGAUAUUUGCCAGUGUAGCUCGCGAUACCCUUUUUUUCCUUCCAAAGUUUUCGAUGCGCGCUCGUUAG